UCAGGGGCGUAGCUUUUUUGGUUUUCAUCGGUCACGAAGUUAAACGAAAGAGCGCGCGCGAAAGUGCGCAGCUGUGGCCAUGUACGGGGUGAUGCCGGGUCAGGUCGAAGAUCCCACGCCAGCGCACAGCGUGGCAGGAGACCUGGAGAUGGGCGCGACAGCCCGGGAUCUGCGCGAGCGCAUGCCCAUGCGCAACGUGGUGCUCACCAUCGAGCAGAAGGAGAAGUUGCAGCAGUGGCAGCAGAUGGCAGAGCACGGCUUUGAGAUCCAUCGCCGCGCGGAGCGAUACUACGAGAGUGUGAACUUCUGGACCAUGUCUUUGCCCACUGUGGUGCUCUCAGCGGCGGCAUCCUUGUGGACCUUGGCCACCGAGCAGACCCAGUUCCCCCAGAACAAGGUGGGCAUCGCCUCCAUCUCAGGCCUUACCACCGUCGUCACCUCGGUGGGCUCUUAUUGGCGCUGGCAAGCCCGAAUGGAGAAGAAUCGCUUCGCCUCAGAGCGCUACAAUAGUCUGAUAAAUCGACUGACUCUGCUGAAAGCUCGCCUCCAAAUGGGGGACAUCGAUUUUGGCCAAGUGCUCCAGGAGGUGGAGAGCACCAUCCACGAGAUCCUGAAGACCUGCGGCCCCCCGGACCUCUGGGUGCAGCAGCGCUUCGAGUGGGAGGAGAAGACCAGCCAGUACGAACUCUUGGACCGUUUGGCCUCCUUGAGGGACGUGUCCCCCUGGGUUCGCUGCUUCUGCCCGUGCUGCUGGCAGUCCAUCACCAAGAUGUGCGCCCGGAGGAGGAGGAAGGAGGGCGAGGUGGAGCAGGUGGAGCCCAUGAGCAUUUUGAACCAAAAGAUUCGGGAGUUCUCCAAGAAGACCCAGGAUGUGAGUGUUGAUGAGUUCAAGGACUACUUCUGGCAACUGUUUCGGAUGGCCAGCAACAGCAACAACCUGGAGAUGUGCAAGAAUUUGGUCAAGGCGGUGCCCAACUCGCUGAAGGACGGAGACGUGGCCUUCAAGUCCUUGGAACCCUCCAAGAAGUCCCCGCUGCACUACUCGGUGCAGGAUAACUUCCAUCAGCUCGGCCAGUGGCUCUUCGAAACCUACCCCGAUGACAUGAAGAGACACUGCCUGAUCCAGGACUGCCACAGCAAAAUUCCGCUGGACUACUACAUCCCCAAGAAGCGGGGCGUCUCUGCUCCCCAGGAAGGGGGUUCGGCGUUUUACCCGAAGCUUCUCUUCGAGACCUUCCAGCAGUGGUGCACGGAGAUGGGGGACUUGCACAGCUUUGAGGACAAGGAGCGCAUGAAGCGCAUCGGCGGGCAGCUUUUGGAGUGGAUCAAGGACUGGGGCCCCAGGCACGUGGACGUCGCCUGCUCGAAGCGCCACACGGUGCUGCAUCUGCUGGCGGUGCAUGGCGUGGAGGAGCAGGAGGUGCUGGACCUCGCCAACAUCUCCUCCGGGACGGGGCCCAACGGCUCGCGCAACGAGGUGCCCAAAGAGACCGGCACUCUCUUGGCGCUGCUGGUGAAUCGGGAGCGCUUCGAUCCGAACAUAAAGGAUGCGGGUGAGAGCAAGGCGCCGCUGGAGCUGGCCGCGGAGAUGCGGCACGGCCGCGCGGUGAAGCUGUUGCUGGAGAAGAUGCUUGAGGAGAUGAAAUCCAUCCAGCACAACGCCAACUACCAGGACCGGUUCAAAAGUCUGAAGGCGGUGGUGGAGCAGUCGCUGACGCAGCUCCACGAGCACCUCCCGGCCGCGGGCUCCGCCAGCGAGCCCGAGGAGACGGAGCUGCGCCACUGCUGCUCCUGUGCAGAGCUGGAACGCAUCCAGCAGCGGAGUCGGCGCACCAACGCGCUGCGCGACUUUGUGGAGUUGAAGCUCCACGUGGCCCAAGCCAAUGGCGAAAGCGCGGGCUACGAGGGCACCUUGCUGCACUACGCCUGCGGAGCGGCUGAGGGCUUGAUCGAUGCCGCCGCGCUGAGCCGCGAGGCCGGCCCAUGCCUGGCGCGGCGUUUGCUGGAGCAGCGGGCGGCCAAUUGCGCGGACACCGUGGGGAGGACGCCUCUGAGCUGGGCGGUGAAAAACAACUUGCCGCAGAUCGCCUGGGACAUGUGUGAGUACGGUAUUGACAACGACGUCCCGGAUAUCAUUGAGGACAUCGAGCAGCAUUUGGCUGAUCUGCCGGACGAGUAUAUGCUCUUCCGCAUCAGUCAGGACUCCAGCAAGGCGAUACCAGAGGGCUGGCAGUCUUUGCAGCUGUGGCUCGAGUUUGCGAACGGGGCGCGAGCCUACCUGGAGGGCUCCCCGGGAGCCUCGCCGGACCCCACGAAGACGGUGCUGGAGUUCCGCCUGUCCCGGGACGGGGUGGCGCCGAUUGCCUUCAAGCUCAACUCGCCCACCAUGCACUCUGACAAGGUCCGCGGCCGGAGCAGCUUCACCCUGGAGGGCCUUCGCCUGGGCCGGGGAGGCGCCAAGGGAGGCGCGAGCGAGGCGCCGGUGGAGGAGGAGUGGGUCACGAUCUGCGCCUCCGCGCCCCUGAAGGAGUGGAUUAACACCUCAAGGGCCAAGCAACGGAAAUCCUUUAUGAACUAUGACUCCAGCUGCAACCGGCACACGCUGUGGCACCUUGCCUGUCGCAGCAGGAACGUCAGGCUGGCGAGGGUGUUGCGCCAGCAUGGCGCCAAGUACACCUACUCCGGGACCAAGAAGACGCCUUUGGACCUCGCCGCGGGCGAGGACAGCGACCUGGAGGACGCAGUCGACACCGAGACACGGCGGGAGCCAGUGGCCUCCUUGUCAGGCAGCCUCAGCGCCGAGCCCCGGAAGCGCGAGCUGGCGGAGCUGUUGGUCUUCCACGACUACGCCCUCAAAGCGGCCAGGUGCGAGCGCCGAAGCUGCGAGAUCGUGCCCCAAUACCACACCAAGUUCGACUUGACUCCCUCACUGCUUGUUUCCAUGCGCAGCACAGAUGGCAAGGUGCUUUUGCAUUGGGCGGCCAUCUAUGGAAUCUACAAAGACGUGGAGUGGCUACUGGUCCAGGGCGCGAAGCUGGACGUCGUCGACCAGCUCGCCUUCCAGGAUUUCAGAUUUACCAUCUUGGCACCCUCCAAGCAGAAGCUGGAAGAGGAGUACGGAGCAGACAAUAUCCCCUUCCCCGAGUUCUGCUGCCAAAAAGCCCCCAGGAAGCCCUUCAGCACCAUGCAUUCAUCUCCCAUGCAGGACAUUCCUGCCUGGCUGCGCCAGGAUAACGUCUCGGAGGUUGUGACCCUCAAGGUCUGCUUCCAGCGCCCGGAGCGCUUCGACUCCUUCCGCUGGCCGGGCGGAGGAGAGGAGAGCCCGCGGGGCUCCGCGGCGCCGCGGCCGCCAGGCCUGUCCGAACACUACUGGGUCAUGGAGGCCAGACGUUCCUCAGAUGGCCUUCCCACCAAGGAAGACUGGAUGCUCUUGAACCUGCGGGUGAAAGAUCUGGUGCCCACGCAGGAGGACAAUGCCACCUAUUGGGGUGGCUACACGCAGAUGCAAACCUUCCGCACGCCUUUCGACUAUGCCCUGGAGUUCGCCCCCACCAACUCCGACGCCGACCGCGCGGACGACAGAACCGAGCGCACGGACCGGGAGGAGCGACGGGAGGCGCAGCAGCGAGGGGACAUGCAGGCGAGGUCCAUGACGGCGGAGCUGGGCAAUUCUUCGCGCAUGCUGCCGGCACAUGCGCAGGUGUGCAAGCUACUCAUCGAGAAGGCGCUGGAGAUAGAGAAGCAGGAGGGGCGCCGUGGCCGCUUGGUGAAGCAGGCGCUGCGCUCCUACUGCCGGCCAUACCUCCGCGUCAGGACGCUGUCGAAGUACAUGGUGGACAUCCCGAUCCAAGCUUCAGGCCGGGGCGAGGAUCCCACGACGCUGCUGCAUGUGGCGGCCCAGUACAGUGAGCUCGACGUGUGCACGGAGCUGUUGAGAUUGCGGUGCUCGUUCAAGGAGGCCGGGGGUCAGACUCCCUUGGACGUGGCGGCGGACGAGCCGACCUACAAGUGCCUCAUUCUGCCCGCCUUUAUCUCCCUCUGCGCGCGCAUCAAAGCGUGCCGCGCCGCCCAGACAGCCCAAACAGAGGAGGAAGAGGAUAUCAUCGCGCAAGUCAUCGAGCAAGUGGACCUUGAUGCCACCGAGUGGCUCAUGUCCCUGGAGAGCCGCGCCCUCUCGCUGCAGCAGAUCAUCGACAUCAAGAACCCCCACCACGAGGACUUUAGCUUGGUGGAUUAUGCUGCCAUGUACGGGCUCAAGCGUGUGCUGCGCCACGUGGUGGACUCCAUCGCCGAGAUUGACGACGACCGGAAGAUCCCCUGGCGCGCCGAGCUCAUCGGCGUGGACCUCCCGAGGUUCCGCAACCGGAAGGCGCUGAUCUACGACAUCAGGAGCUUGUUCGCCUCGGCGGAUGACCAGUGGACCGCCUCCAACCUGAAGCAGAAGUUGAAGCAGAUCGAGGAGAGGUUGGAAAACCUGACCAAGGAGGAGGAUAAGCUGGAGGAAGUGCGCAAGCACAAGGACAUCAUCCACCACGCCGCCUCCUUGGACACCAAGGAGGCGAAGAACUUUAUCAAGCUACUGCUGAAGGACCAGCCGGAGCAGGUGAAGACGAAGGACGCGGCGGGGAACACGGCGCUCCACAUGGCGGCGCGCUGCGACAACUUGGAGGUGGUGAGGCUCCUGUGCACGGAGUACAAGGUGAACCGAGAGGAGAAAAACAUGAACCAGGAGCGCCCCCUCCACACGGCGGCCAGACACCAAAGCUACAAGACCAUGGAGUACCUGCUCAACUCCUCAGUGCAGCCAGUGCCGCCAAAUAUGCGCAAGGAGACGCCGCUGCAUUUGUUGGCGAAGAACGUGCCCAGCAGGCCCUCGCCGGACCCGGAACAAGAGAAGGCAUUCAAGUCGGUGAUGGACAUUCUCAUCGACAAGGUGGUGGAUGAGAAGGGUCACGCCAGCUUUGCGAAGCCGGAUUGUGAUGAGAAGUCCAUCCUCGAGUACCUGAUCUGUGGGAAUCCCGAUUACGUGUGCCAUCCCAUCCAGCGGCUGAUGAAGGAGUCGCCGCAGGCGCUGCUGGAGUGCAAGGACUGCUUUCACCUGGCCCUCUCCAACACUGGGAACGCGCAUCGGAUCCUUCAGGCGCUUCUACGAGACGACUGCCCCAAGGAAGUGCUGCUGAUGCUGCUCCGCUCCAAGGGCCCCCGAAACUUGACGCCGCUCCAGCGAUGCGCCCAGAGCGGCGACGCCGAAGCCGCCAGGGUCAUCCUGGACACCUUGCCCCCAGACCUACUGCGACGGGCGCUGUUGGGAGAAGUUGCCGUCCACGCGGAUGGCGCUUUCACACCGGAUGAGGUGGUACGCACAGCUUUAGACCCCCGGCGAUCGGAUGCACAGGCUGCGUCUGCGCCCCCGCUGAUCUUGGCCCUGCGUGAGAAGAAACACGAGGCCGCCAAGCUCUUGGCUUCCCGAAUGCUCAUGUUGGACAAGACGGACCGCGCCAGAGUCGCGUGGAAGGACUUCUGCAGCAGCGAGGAGGUGCGGAAGGAGAUCGAGAGCAUCUUCAACCAGGCGGAGGAGAAGACCUUGUUCCAGUCGGUGCGCUCGGGGGACCGGGCGGCCGUCCAGCGCCUGCUCACCGUGCAGGGCCACCUCGUGGAGGAAAGCGACUCGGAUGGCAACACCGCGUUGCACAUCGCAGUGAUGAAGACCAUCAAACAGCAGAAGGAGGUGGUGAAGACACUACUGGACCACAAGGCGGUGCUCCUUCAGAACAAGAAGGGCCAAACGCCUUUGCACUUGGUGUGCCAGCGAUGCGCUCAGUUGGCGCAUCAGACGGGCGACGCGUGGCCCGAGGGGGAUGUGUGGGACCACCGCAGGAAGUUCGAGCCCUUUAAGGACUUGACGCAGGAUGACGACGACGAGGACGGCAAGGAUGAGAGCACCGUCCUCAUCCAGGUGGCCUUUGUGAUGCUGGAGUCAUUGGUGGCAGCGGGCCCGGAUGAGCUGAUCCACGUGCUGGAGAUGCAGACGAACGAAGAGGGGGAGACCGCCUUCGACUUGGCCGCCUCGGCUCUGGACGCCGCGAGCUUUGGGGAUCUGGAAAAGCAGCCCCAUCCAUUGAGGCGGCUCAUGCACCGGGCCUUCCUGAAAGCCUUGAGGUCUUUGCCAGGAAGCACUCCGCUGCCGGGCAAGCGCUUCGUGACCUUGCUCCACCUCGCGGUCCUAAUGCAGAGCAACAAGGCCCACACCUUCCUGAAGACGGGCAGCCCCUUGGACGGGGACCCGGACGAGACGCCCUUUACCUACGCACUGGUGCUGCAGCAGUUUGACCUCGCCAUCCAGAUGCUGGGCCGCAUCAGCGAGCGCGAGGAGCAGGAGAAGUUGGUGGAUGCCUUGCAAGCGCGCUACACCCUGGAGACCGCCUUUAGGGCUCAGGCCAACGAGGCAAAUGUACCCAUGUGCAUCAUCAAGGAGCUCGAAGCGCAUCACUUGCUCAGCUUCCUCGAGUUCUGCCCCGGCGCGCUGCAGAGGCGACGAUGGCGGCAGUUCGAGCGGACGAAUCAAGGAGAGUUCGGAGUGUCGUACUUGAAGCACCUCAUCACCUCGGGCGCGCGCCUAUACCCGACGAAGGAAGGAAACAUGCUGAAGAACAAGAUGGAUGAGCUGACGGCGUCGGAGUACCAGGCCCUGCUCAGGGCGGAGAGCAGCAAGGCGAAGAGUCGCCUGCUGCGACUUGCUGUGUCCCUGCCUUCGUAA